AUGGAAGAAGAAAUUAACAAUACAGAAGCUGAGAAUUUGGCUGAAGCGUCCAUGGAAUUGCAGCCAACAGAGAAUAACAAUAUGGAAACUGAGAAUGCCACAGAAGCAUUGCCUAAAUCAUUGUCUAAAACAAACAACGAUGAAGAUGGAAAUCACACAACUAAAGGUCAAUCAUCCAGACACAGAACCCCUAAAUCAUUGAAGGCCAAAUCUAAAGCUAUAAAGAAACCUUCAGCCAGCAAUUCUUUGAAGUCAAAGAAUGCUGAAAGCAGUCCAAAAAUUCAAGGAAAAAAUAGAAAGAAGAAGAAUCACUUACAAAGCAAUGAAGAAAGGAGCAAAAAUGAGCAUGGUGAUGCUGACAACCGAAAUUCAAGUGAAAAGAACGUUUCUAACAAGGAGCACAUUGAGAACAGCCAAGAGAUUCGAAAGAACCAAGAAAGGUUUGUUGGGUCAAGAAAGGGUCAAAAGAAUCAAAAGAGUGAAGAAAAGCGUGGUGGCUCAGAUAAAAGCUGGAGGAAUAAAAAGAACAAAGGGAAACUUGACGAGAAAGAAAAGAAUGAACAAUACGAGAAGAAAGAAAAGCUUGGUGGUAUGAUCUUUAUGUGCAGUGCAAAGACAAAGCCAGAUUGUUUCCGCUAUCGGGUCAUGGGUGUCACAAUGAAUAAAAAGGAACUCAUAUUGGGUGUGAAACCUGGACUGAAGCUUUUCCUGUAUGAUUUUGAUCUUAAACUUAUGUAUGGUAUCUAUGAAGCAUCCUCUUCUGGUGGAGUAAAAUUGGAGCCCAAGGCUUUUGGUGGUUCCUUCCCAGUUCAGGUGCGGUUUGUUGUUCACAAAGACUGUUUUCCAAUUACUGAGAGCGUUUUCAAGAAGGCUAUAAAAGACAAUUAUAAUGAGAAGAACAAGUUCAAAACAGAACUUACUGUUCGACAGGUUCAGAAGCUCAGUGCACUUUUCCGACCAGCCAGAGUGCCUGUCCACUCUCCACCAACAGUAACUGUUCGGGAUAGAGAAGUUUAUGGGGGAUCAAGAGAGUUGCAGGUCCAUUCAGACAGGGAAGCAUUUGCUAGAGCCAAUCAUGACGCUAGGAGUUAUCCUGUGCGUGCUGAUGAAAGGGAUCAACGUGUUGAGUACCGGGAGGUGGGCUCUACACAUAGAGAUGAGAUUCCACGUGAUUUGUUCAUGAGUGAAAAGGAUUAUCGAACGUAUGGCCUUCCAGGGGAGAGAAGAAACCUGACUCCCUCUCAUCAUAAUUCAUCUACUCUAGACCCAUACCAGAGAGGCCAGGAAAGGGAGCACCUCCUUAGACAGCCUGAUCCUAUAUACAGAGACACAGUACCUUUGCAGAGAGAAGCUGUUCUGGCAGAUCCUCUCUACUUGAAUCAGGCAUAUAAUCCUGGUGGUAGACGUGAAUUGCUGCCAGCUACUACGAUAACUGCAACUGCAUCUGGCUCUGCUCUCACUGCUUUGGACCGAUAUACAAGGGACUCAUAUUAUACUAACCAUUAUGGUGCUUCAUCUGCAGAUGCAUAUCUACCACCUCCAAGGAGAGACGAAGUUUCUUCAGGUUCCUACUAUGUUGAUGGUCGUAGAGAGACUUACCUAUUUGAUGCCGAUCCCUUGCAUAGGAGGGAAACUGUUCAAGAGGAUAGAUUACACUCACUGUAUCCUGCCAAUGCAUUAUCAAAUUAUAACCAGGUACUCCAAUACCACGGAGCCAAGCCUGAAACUGCACCUCCACCAGUUUCAUCUCUGUACUCCUUUGCUGGUCCAUCUGUCUCCUAUCGCUAA